AGAUUAGAGAGAAAGAGAGAGGGAGAGAGCGGGAGAUAGAGACAUCCUUUAAAAAAAACCCUUCCUAUCUUCAUUAUCUCAUAUCCACAAGAGUAUCCAGUGACAUCGCAGCGUGGCAGUUAACCUACUGAAUCUCCAUAUAGGCCAAAGAAGCACUGGCACCAGAAGGAGCCAAGAGAGAGAGAGAGAGAAAGAGAAAGAAAGAGAGAAAAAGAGAGAAAAACCUGAUUAAGUAUUAUCAUCUCCUCCUCCUCCUCCUCGUCCAUCUCUUCCCAGCCUCACUGAGAAAGGUUUGAGGCGAGGAAAGGAAAACGGAAAGAAAACGUCGCAAUAUGUCACAAGGGGUGCGGAGAAGAGGAGACAUGGCGGAGAAGACAAAGGCAGCCAAGAAACAGAAGGUGACAGGGAAAGUGAGUGCCAUUAAUGGCACACCACAGAGGAAGGUGGACUACCACUUUGACCCGUCCUUCAAGCUGAGGGAGCCCAAAGUGGAGAAGGUGGAAGGCUCUGGCGAUUUCCACCCGGUUUACUUCCUGCGAACCCACUCCAAGAAUAAUGACCCCGCAGAUGUACAGACGCAGAUCUGGCAGUGCUCGUUUGAACCAGACAUGCGCCGACCGGGGAGCAACACCAGCAUUGUGGCGACUUGUGGGGGCUCCUCAGUGUGCUUCAUCAAUGUCCUGGACGGCGAGGUGGUGCUCAAGUACAACCGCAGCACUAAAACGGCUACAGCGGGGGAAAACCUCUAUGCACAAGUCUGGUCCACAAUUCCACUUGAUGAUUUAGGACUCAAGACCAUCAAUGUCCUGGCAGCAGCAGGCGCCCGCUCCACUGUGCUCCUCAUCCACCCUGACGCCGGUGUUUGCUAUCAGAUGUUCCGUACCGUCCCCAGCAAGGCGGCUGCGGUGGUGUGUGCCCUCCUCUUCCACCCCAAGAAGGCCACCUGGUUGUUCUGUGGACACGAAGAUGGACAGAUACAGUUGUGGGAUAUUGGCACCCCCACCUUACCUGGCUAUGAGGUGAGCCAGGUGCACCUGCUGACGAUCCCACAGGUGGCUCGAGAUGUGUAUAACCUGGCCUUCUCCUGCACCCACGACCUGCUCAUUGCCGGCUGCGAUGGCGGCCUGUAUGCGUGGAAGGUUGACCUGCAGAAGAUUGAAGCUAAUGAGAGGCUGGAGAGGAUGGAGUUCGUGCUGCCUGAGGUGGAUGGGAAUGGGUCAGUGUUGGACAGCAUAGCCAUGUUGAGGGACGACCUGUUGGCAGCGAAGUGUGCCCUGCAUGGCCAGAUUUAUGUGUUCUCUGUCAGCCGGGCUCUCGGUGCUGCUAAGUAUAAUAAGAACCGUGGACAGCUACAGUCGGAGGUGAAGAACAGCAUGAUGGUGAGCCUGCGAUGGAGUGACACAGACAAUUACUACAUGAACAUGGGCGUUGACCCCCGGUCGUGCGUGCUGGUGUGUGGCGAUGACAAAGGGGCGCUGUGGGUGUAUGACCUGGCUGACCUAGUGACUGGUAAGGUCAGUUCGCCCCUCACUGGAGGCUCACCCAUCGCACAGCAGGAGCCAGUGAAGAUAUUGGAGUGGCCUGAGCUGGAGGAUGCUGAGGUGGAAAAAGCAAGGAAGUUAAGACUCGACACCUAUGACAUUGUGGUGGACAAAUGUGCAAUUUCUUAUGGCGCUCAGCAUGUCGUGGCUGUCACUUCAAAUAACAUGGUCUGCAUCUGGAGGCAUGGGAAGGAGGAGGAGGAGGAGGAAGAAGAGGAGCCAGUGAAGAAGAAGGAAGAGAAGAAGGUGGAUGGGAAGUAGGGGGAUGGAGGAGGAGGAGAGAAAGGGAUGUUACAAAUUGUUUUUUUUUUAGUUUUCACAAAGAAGGAGGAGGAGGAGGAAGAGAAGAUAUGUGUUAGUUUAAAGAAAGGAGAAAUAGGAAAGUAUAUGUUGUUUUGUAUAGGAAGAAAUAAGGAUAAGUAGAUGUGUUUUAGUUAAAGAAAGAAUGAAUUGUGUGUGAUUUGUGGAGAAAAACAAGAAAGAAGAAGAAGAAGAAGAGGAGUGUGUGAUUAGAAUAAGAGGAACAAAGGAGAGAAAAUAAUUGUUUAGCAUAAGAAGAGAGGAAUAGGAGAAAGAUGUGUUUAAAUAUGAGAAGAAAGAAAGAAUAAGAGGAAGAUAAAAGAAUUGUGUUUAGUGUAAGAAAGGAGGAAUAAGAAGGUAUGGCAAUUAAUGUGAAAGGAAGAAAGAAGGAAUAGGCAGAUGGUAAUAAUAAAUAGUGGAGAAAUGAGAAAUUAAAUGAUGAUGGUUGUUUUUUGUUUUAUCUUAGAGAGAGAGAGAGAGAGAGAGAGAAUAUAUGUCCAAGUCAGCUCAUAUUGCAGCUAGAUUAACACACACACACACACACGCACACACUCUCUAAUUUUAAUGUAAGACAAAAUUAUAGGAAAAUAAAGCAUAAUUUUGUAGAUAAGUGAGUAAAAAGACAGUCACACACAUACACACACACUUUUACUGUUAUUUAUGUAUUCUUUGUGUUUAUUUAUAUUUUUGUUUAUUUUGUGUUGUUUUAAUAUCUAACUUAAAAAUUAGUUAUUUAUUUGUAUUUGUUUAUUUAUUUAUUUAUUUAUUUGCAUCCAUGACAAGCAUUUUAUGUGAUUAUUUUUAUUUAUUUGAGUGAUUAAUUUGUCUAUUUUACAUUUUUUUAUUCAUUUGUAUGAUUUCCAUUUAUUUAUUUUUUUUAUUUCCAGAGACAUUCAUUCUUUUGUUUGUAGAAAUGUGUUAGUUAUGAAAGAGGUAAUAAUUUUUUUUUUAUUUAUCAUUUGCAUAUUCCCAAAACAUUAUUUUUGUUGAAGUAUGUGUGUGGUAAAAGAGGUAAUCAUCGUUUUUAAUGAAUCAGUUUAUGUUUUGCAUAUUUCAAAACAUGAUUUUUUGUUCAUGUAUUUUUGUGUCAUAAAAGAGGAUGUCAUUGUUUUUUUAUCACCAGUUUAUCAUUUGUAUAUUCCCAAAAGAAAGGCUCUACUUUCUUACUGAUUAACUUAUUAUUUGUAUAUUUCCAAACCAGGUAUGUAUUUCUAUUGAUUUGCUUGUUAUUUGUAUGUUUCUAAAUCAUAUAUUUAUUUUUACCUG